AACCAGCCUUGCGCACCAACACCCUUGCCCAGCGCCCCUACUCUGCAUCCUCACCCGAGCCCGGCUUGCUGCCUACACCCCUAACCUGCACCUGCCCUGCACCGCGCCCUACCCCCUAUCACCGAACUAGCCAUCAUCACACCCUCGCACUCCUGCAACCUGCCCUGCACCGAGCCAUCAUCGCCCCCUUGCACGCCUGCAACCUACCCUGCACCGAGCCGACUCCGCUUCCCUUAUCUUGCACCCCUCGAGCCUACAGCAGCCUGCACCCCCCCCUCUCUGCGCCGCCCCUCUUCUGCAACUAGAUCCUGCAGCCUCCUCUCUGCGCCGUCCUUUUCCUGCAAAGAUAGAUCCUGCGCCCCAUGUUGCAGCCAACUGACCAUAAUGGCAGACCAGCGUCCUUUAGGUUUUCCUUUGAAUUUUGUAUAAAUAGGAGAAGAUUGGUGAGUUUAAGGGGUUCGGAUUUUUCUCUUUCUGCGGUUCCUCUUCUUCUUGUCACUAAAAAAGAGAGAAAGCAGAAGACAGAAAUCCGAAAGAAGGAGGGGGUCUCUGUUGUUUUUGUGAGUCUGGUGUUGACGGCGGAGGAAAGGAGAAACUCUCUGUUGAAAGGGGGCUCGGUUUUUGUAUCCGGAGGUUGACGGAGGGCUUAUUUGCUGUGUCUGCUUCUGUUUAGGUAAAUCUUUGAACAGAGGAAUUUUCUGGGAAUGGUGCUGGAAUUUUUUCAGGAAAGUGAACGUUUUACCCUCUCAAAAUGAGGUGCGUGAUUAUUAGGUCGCAAGUUGGUGGAUUUCACGGCGAUGGUAGAGCUCGAAGCCCUGAACUCCGCCUCACCCAAGCCUUAAAGCUUGGGGGUCAACUAAUUGGGUCACAGACCCGGUUGCGGGUAAAUCAAAUCUGAUUAAGUAA